AUGGUUGUGCCUCAAGAAACAUCGAUCGCCAGCUUGGCCAACUCAUUCAAGUCCCUCCAACCAUCAGACAAAGGGCAGGAUAUGGAAAAACAAAAGAGUUUGGUCGUCCAGGCGUUCAGAAGUUUGAUAGCCAAGUGCCCUUUAAUCUGUCUCGAGCCCUUUUCAUCGGCUCACGAGGAAAACCUGCCUGGGCUGUUUGAGCAAAUUGAGUUCAGAGCAGAACUUCUGAAGCGGCUGCAAUCGGGCCUUCUACCUUCCUUGCGACAUCGGAUUACAGCCCUUUCACUAUCGCUAGACCCAUGCGAUCUACGAAAAAAUGCGACUGGGCAACUCAAACAAGUUCUCGAAAUACUCGGCGAAUUAGAGCAAACCUUGGAUCAAAUCAAAGCUUCUGUUGCCUCCAUCGCUCCUGUACUUAGGCCGUCACUCGUAUCAAAUGAUGGCCACUUGAAGAAUUUGAAAGCGUUCAGAUGUGUCCGAGUUCGCCUCAAAGUUAACGAUCUGGCCAUGUUGGUGUCCGAACUAUUUCAAACAUGUGUUAGGUUCAUAGAGAACCUGACAUAUUCGUCAAGCAACGAACCUCGGGGAAGAGCCGAGGUACUUUCUCUUACGUCCUUAUCAUGGAACUUGAUCGAUACGACGAUCGAAUGGUUCGACCGAUCUGAGUUCAGCCUUCUCCAAGACCAAUGGCUACCCGAAGUUGGCUUGGUAGAUGAUGCCCUGGACGAAUUAACCAAGCUGAUCAAUCAUACUGGCCCUGAAGGAGAAAGUGAUUCGGCGGCCAACUCUUCAGAUGAAGACGGCGACCACGAUCACGACGACGACGACGAUGAUGACGAUAUGAGCUUUGGGGCAAACGACUCUCGUCCGAGCGAACAUGUCAUUCAACUCGCCAAAUCGGCUGUGCCGAUCAUCAAACUCUCUCGACUGUUUCUUAAUAAACUCUCAAAAACAACGACUCAAAAGGAACCAUUCGGAUUGGUUACGGAGAUGAGUUCGAGCCAACUCGAGUCAUUACUGGCCUCUACGGGCUCGAUCUCUCGAAUCGUCGAUGAAAUCGUGUGCACCCUAAGCGAUGCUGAUGAUGACGACCAUGCGCUUGCGACUGAGGAUCUCAUCCAAUCUGGCAACAAUCUUUCGGAGGCUUUCAGGGAGAUCCAACUCGUCUUGGAUCGUUAUCUUAUCCCGUUGAUCUCGGAAGAGGAUUCUUCGUCCUCCUCUAAGGUUAAUAUCAAGACUUGGUUUGCUGAAUGGAACAAGCAAUUCCUCUUGGCCACUCAAAACUACAUCCCGAAUGAGACUUCCUAAGCAAUUCUUCGUAAUCCUUCUUCUCUGAAUUUUCAUCUCCGUGGAGUAUACCUGGAUAGUUUGGCAGUUUCCAAUACUGAAUGUGAUAAUAUAACUUUUGAUUGGAAAAAAACUAUAAAACCACUGGUGAGAUAAAUAUCCCCAAUGGCAGUACUGGUGAAUCGAUGUAGCAUGAUUUUUUCUUUUUCCGUUUCUGUUGAGUUUUUAUGGGUUGAAACCUAGUUAACAGGAUAGCCUCACAUGAAUUGUAGG